UUUUCGUUAAGUAAUGUCAAAUUGUUAGAGUUCUCGUCUCGUUUUGCUUUUGCUUUGCUAUGGUUAUGGUUAAUGGAUAACCCGGUUAGCCGUUGUAAUUUUACAAUUUUAUUUUAACAAUCCUCUUAUUCUUCAAAACGUUAAAUACAUUUCUGUAUAUUAGCCAAGUUCUCCACAAUUCAAGAUAACAAAAUAAAUUCUGAAAUUUAGGGCAAACAAAUUGUUGUGAUUACAUUUGAAUUAGACAUAAGGCAUAUAAGUUAUUAGUUAUUUGGCAAAUCAAAAAUACCAAAACAACUGUAGCCAUGGCACACGAUAUAAUGAGUCAAUUUUAUACUUGUUUGAAUUUGCCGUUACAAGAAAAAGUAGACGAGUUGACUAGAAUAAUAGACCAAUCUACUCCGAGCAAAGAUCUUCAGACAUUGUUUCCUCAAUUAAUCAGUAACAUAUUCUCAAACACUUUUAAUAAUGGCUGGGGAUUGCGGACAGUUACAUGUGAUGCUAAAAAGCAUGAAUUUGUAGCUCUCAUUGCGUUUUUUGAACCACUUGGCCCUAUGUUACGGUUGUGCUAUAAACUUUUGUCAGACCCACAGUUAAAAUAUAACUUACCAUUAAAUGUUCUACCAUUGGACUUGCAGAUGACUUUAGAAAGGGGAAGAUGUCCACAGUUUUACUCUGACAUGCUUGUUACUGACCCACAAACACUCAAUGUUGUGGCUUUAGCACUCAAUCCGUUUGACUAUUACAUCUUCAAUUUUGCGCUACACCUUGUUAGUAACAGCCAACAGACAAGUUCUUGGGAGAACUGGAGCAGUGCUUACUUUGCAUUGGCAUGUGACUAUCUCAUGCACUUCUUACCUGCUGACCCAAAUGUGUCAGUACUGCCACAUAUACCCAACUACACAGGCAAAGUACCCAUGGCUGCACCAUUGCAAACAGCUAACAGACCCUUGUAUUCUCCAUCACUAUUGCUGAUACCUGAUCUGUCUGGCUCUAGCAUGAGCAAUCAACAUACAACAACACAGAACCAGUCACGGAAUGAAGUUUGGCGAUCUGAAACAGUAUUGCAAGUCUUCAUCGAUAUUUGGAUGAGUGUAGAACAAUUCAGUGCUAGAAAUGUUGAAAUGUUCCAGAGAAAUUAUACUACAAUAUCUUCAAGUCCAGAGCGUGUGAGAACUGUGCGCGUUCUAGUAAAGCAUUUACACUCCUUUUCGGCUAAACAUAUGUCCGAUCCAGCGGUCAGAUCAUCAGCACUUAGGAAAUAUGCUCGCCAGCUAAUGUGUGUUCGUGCAUACCAUUACGUAAAGCAUUUAGUUACAACAUGGCCGCUCGACGCGUCGUUCAGACUCGUCAUGGAAUUGUGGCUAAGUCUUAUUCAGCCUUGGAGAUAUGUUAACAACAAUAUUUCUGAAGACAGAUUUGCUCACCACAACAACAAUACAGAAGAAAAAAAAGCAAACAAACUGGACUUAAGUUUUACUCAGUUCAUAGCUGAAAACUAUCCAUCAUACACUUGUAUCUUCCAACUGGUAUUGCCAAGGUUUAUGAGGUUGGACCUCAGUGCUUACAAGAAUGCCAUUAUGUUGUUCAGAUUAGGAAAGGUCUUCACACAACAACACCUCUGCCCAAUUUUAUGGAAUUUAGAAAAAGCCAUUACUGACAGUGGCACUGGUUUGAGUCUUAGUCCAGAUACGAGUUACAAUAAUUCUGGAAUGGAACAAAGUUACACAUACAAUGGUAUUUCGUUACAUAAGUGGGUGACAAUAGCUAAGCAAUCUUUGUCAGAGUUCAACCUAUCAGCCAAUUUCGAAUACCAACCGAUUUGGGGCGAAAAUAUGCGAUCAUUUGCAUCUCACCUAUUGCAAAGAAUUGUAUCAGCCAGGACAACUGCGGAAAAUAAUAUCGAAGAGUUUAAUAAAAUAUUAAAUCAAAAGAACAAAGGAAUAUGGGGUUCAAUCAAGUUAUUUUUAAUGAUAGAAGAUGAGGGAGAGGACGCCGCUUUGUUAGAAGAAAACAAGAAAGUGCCAAAUUACUUAACAACCAGUUUCCAUUACUUCUCAUACAUAUUUGGGUUGAACGCACCCGUCGCAAUUCCGCCAGAACCGGUCAUAGAAGAAAAUUCUUUGGAUAGCUCAUUGCAUGACAAUUCCUUAAGUUUUCCACUGUCGAUUACGAAUAAGUUGCGCAGUAAACCUACCAAAGUACACUAUAUGGGAGACCCGGACCUCAUGCCGAUAACUACCUAUGAGAGCACAAUAUUAGUGCGAAUGUUGUACCAAAUAGCGUCUAGACUAAAUGAAAUGUACGGAGCUCAGUUCGAAAGUCUAUGGAAUCGAAAUGAUUUGUGUGGGUUUAUGGCUCGGGAAGUGCUACAAUCACCUUGUACGAUUCAGACGUAUGUAAAGGAUGUAACAAAUCACCAGAACAUUGUCAGUCAGCAACUUCCUGCACGACUUUCCCUGCGACGUCUCGGAACACACGCAUUCGUUGUCUGGAUCUCCAUCGGCUACAUCAUAUUCAAAAUGUUAUCCUACAGCGGAUUAUUCUACGCGUUUGUUUUAAUCAUUAUGUGGUUAAUGUUCGUUUUCACAAAAGCUAGUUGUAAAAUGUUAAGAACUAUUUAAAAUCAAGUUAUUUAUAAUUAAAUUUUUAUAAUACCUUAUUCUUGCAUCGAAUAAAAUUAUUUUUGUAUGAA